AUGAACAAGUCGGAAAUUGACAACAUUACUGUUCGUAAAACCGCAAGGUCGAAUUCAAUGGACAGUUUACUCAAUGCAAAGUUUAACUCAGAUUCAACCGUAUUAGACACUACAAUGAUGGGUUUGCCGGAUAAUUCACUGAAUGACACUGACACUAUCUAUAAAUAUAGGGAUACAAUAAAAAGAUUAACCUCAGAAUUAGAAAGCGCUCAUCUAGAAAUCGAGAACUUAAAUAGUGAAAACUUUCGCUUGAAAAUGGAUAUAGGCCAAUACCAGAAGGUCAUAGAUACAUACAAAAAGCUGGAAACAAGGUCCUUUACACCUAGGUCUACACGCAAAAGUAGGAUAAGAAUGGACUGUUUUUCAACCCCGACAAAGUUGUGUAUCUCUCCUAUGGCAGCGAUUCAGCAUGACACCGCCGUGGCCAAUGGGUCUGAUGUUUCGUUUGGUACCGCUGGCUCGAACUGCAGUGUGGGUCAGAUACAACACAUUGACACGCCGUUGCAAGCGGGACACUGUAAUUCUGGUGAGUGUAACAUAAAUCCAAGUACACACGACGCGCCGAGUAAGACCGAGUCCGCUUCUGUAGUGGAGACGGAGGGACAUCUGGCUGAGACGACUGGCGUACAACUUACGGUUACAAAACCAACCACAUAUGCUGACAACCCAAGAAACCAAUCGCAGUCAAUCAGUGGAACUGGCAAUACACAGAGGGUUAUGAUUUUCGGUGAUCAAGCCGGUUAUGGUAUUAGAAAUAUUAUUCAAGACUAUCUAGGGAAACAGUUUACGGUGACGUCAUUUAUAAAACCCUAUGCAACAACUAAAGAAGUUCUAAAACCAAGUGAAAGUUUAUGCAAAGACUUUGGCAAAUCUGACUUUGUUAUCAUUCUAGCGGGUGCUAAUGACAGAAACCCUAUGGAUAUUCAAACGUAUUUACAUUACACACUUCGUCAGUUACAAUUUACCAAUGUGUUAGUGGUGCCACUUCGUAAACAAUUUUAUUUAAACGAAAAUAAUGUAAACAAUUUGUUGAAAUUAGUAUGCCACAAUUGUAAAACUUCGUGCUUCGUGCCAUUUCAAAAUGAUUCUAUAGUAUCUAAAAAAUCUGUAAGCAAACUGCAUAUAUGUAGAUUGAUUCAUAGGCAAAUCUUGCAUUUAAACUACAAAGUGAAAUAUCAAAAUUAUGUGGAAAAAUUACAUACUACGAAACGGCAAGUAAGCACAAAGGACGCGGGUAUACAGACUUGUGACUUAAAUGAUGUGAGUGUACAGAAUGUGAGGGACGAUAAAAUAUUACAAAAUAAUUUCGAUUUUUUUCGGAAGUAA